CUAGACUGUCUGUUAUAGUUUUCUAGAGAUAAGCUUCGGUAGCUAUAGGUACGGACCAUGGUGACAGAGAACCACUCCGCGGGUAGACUUCCCUCAAUCCUCGCCUUACUAUUCGUCACGCUCCAUGUGUCAGCGUUUGUAGCCGUCACGGUUCUGCAGUUUCGUCAUGUGCGUGAGUUGGAGCAGAACUUGUCUGUACGGCGGGCAGAUAUCGCCGACCUUGUGAACACGUGUGGGACAGCCCGCCAUGGCCAACACUCCCUGCACUUAUUUAAACGCUCACUUGAUGAACUUGCCAGGAAAAAUGCUACCUUCGAUGUCACCUGGAAGCUUGUAAACUCACGGCAGACCACUUCGGUGUCUUCUCUGAUGUCAAGCGUUCUACAAGCUCAGGAACAGCAGCUAAUUCAGAAGUGUUCAGGGGACGUCAAAAUCUGCCUUUCAGGAGAUAUCGGAGAUCCCGGUACCAAGGGAGACAAAGGUUUUCCUGGUGCUAAAGGAGAUACAGGAGCCCCAGGUAUCGCUGGCAUACAGGGCCCGGCGGGGUUAAAGGGGACCAAUGGUAUCAGUGGUACUGCGGGUACCAAGGGACACAAGGGGCUGAAAGGUACAAACGGACCACACGGUUUAAAAGGUGAAGCUGGUACGAGAGGUUCCAAGGGACUUUUGGGUCCCAUAGGAGCUACGGGGUCACCAGGUGCAAAAGGCGGCAUAGGAGAGACUGGAGAAAAUGGAAUGAAAGGACCGAAGGGAAGUCCUGGCCUGAAAGGGAAAUCCGGAGCAGACGGAGUUCAUGGACUUUCCGGGAUGAAGGGAGACACUGGUGAUCAAGGGCCGCAUGGUCUCCCUGCUGUGUACACGGGACCCGUGUGCGGAUGUAUAGAGGCACCGUACAUAUCUACGUCACAGGAAUCCAUACCCGGAACUAUUGGAGGCAGUCUUAGUCUCACUUGUCUAUCAGACGGAAGUCCACCUUCCGCUGUCACGUGGUACAAGAUCAACGACCCCGGAUGUAAAGUUAAUGGUACUUCAGGGAACAUACUUACGAUAUCAAAUCUUGAGCCAUCCGAUAUCGGCCAAUAUAUGUGUGUGGCUUCAAACAGCCAUGGCAAUGCAUCGAAGAGUGUUGACGUCACUACAACAGAUUCACUGCAAGUGCUGGAAUGCAGUUUUGAGAGUCAGACUAUUUGCCAUUGGACCCAGUCACGUGACAACAAGAUUAACAUGACGAUAAACUAUGGAUCAGCCGGAACCUCCGCAACAGGUCCGAGUGUUGACCACACGCUCGUAACAGCCACAGGUAAGUAUCUGUAUUUAGGAUCGUCCCCGACCUUAGUUGAUCAGACUUCACGGAUCGAGUCGAUGACGGUACCAGCCAACCAGGACCAGUGCUUCACAGCUUGGUACAAGCUGGACGACAGAAAUUCAGGCAGCCUUCAAAUCUACAAAAAGAGUUGUGACGGUUCUCCAGAACAGAUGUUGUUGAGUAAGGCUGGGAAUCAUGGUCAGGGCUGGCACGAGGUCUCCGUGUCGAUUCCGGCAGACCCUGCCAUGGGUGUCAAGCUCAUCAUACAGGCCAAGUCCGGAAACAACAUACAGGGUUACAUCGCCCUAGACGAUCUACAUCUCACCAACGGACUCUGUGCCUUCCCACCACCUGUCAUCGCCGGGUCCCCAAACGUCACACUGACCACGCCCAUAGCAUCACAACAAGUUUUGACAUGUAAUGCGAGCGGUAAUCCAGAUCCCACUAUUACCUGGUCCAAACCGACUUCCUGUCAGACCCUUAUAGCCACUGGGAACUCUCAUACACUAAACCCUAUCACGUUUGGUGAUGGAGGGAAAUACACGUGUACAGCGACUAACGGAGCAGGAAACACUACCAGGGAUUUUAUAUUGAAGAUAAAUGGAAACCUUAAUUGUGAUUUGGAUCACCGUGACAUGUGUGGGUGGGCGUCUGAUACCUCCAACGCGGCGGACACGUGGCAAUUCCACUCCGGGAACACAGCCUCGAGCAACACGGGGCCGAGCAACGACCACACAAAGGGCACAAGCAAUGGUUUAUACCUAUACCUGGAGGCGUCCGGUAAAGCCCCUAACGCUACAGUGGUCCUCAUGUCGCCUACCCUCCCAGCACUGAAUGAUGUCUGUCUGAAGUUCUGGUACAACAUGAAUGGAUUGGAGAUUGGUGGUCUGAACGUUUACACUAAGGAUUGCCAAGGUGUUAAAUCGAACAUCAUUUCUUACGUUGGCGACAAGGGUGACAUAUGGCAACAGAGUUGUUCAAAAAUCCUUCCGCUGAGUUAUGAGUACAACCUAUACAUAGAGGGCGUUGUAGGCACUGGUUUUCGUGGAGAUAUUGCUAUCGACGACAUUAAAUUAUCAGCAGGAAGCUGUGGAUGUUCCUCCAGUACCUCCGGUUCAGUCAACGCUUCGUGUGACUUUGAAACCGAUCUCUGUGGGUGGACUCAGGAUACCAUACCCGCUGACGACUUUGAUUGGACACUUAACAGUGGCCCUACAGCCUCUGUCGACACAGGGCCGAGCGGGGACCAUACAACAGGGACUGGACAGUACGUUUAUAUCGAGGCGUCCAGUCCUAACUCCAGUGGAGAUGUUGCUCACCUGGUGUCACCCGCCCUGAAUGCUGGUCAAUCGUACUGCCUGGACUACUGGUACCAUAUGUUUGGCGCCAACGUAGGCACAAUUACUGUGUACACACAGGCCAUGCGUACUAAAACACGCCUGCGCACACUGGAUCUUCAGUAUGGAAACAGGGGAGACCACUGGGUGCACAACCGUGUAGACGUUACCAUGGAGACACUGCCGUUUAACGUAGUGAUAUCGGGUGCGGUGGGAACCGACUACUCUAGCGACCUCGCUUUGGAUGAUAUCAAAUUGUCGCCUGGCGCUUGCUAAUAAAAUAAAUUUAUCAAAGGUC